AGCUCACUGCAUGGGGUAUGGCUUGUCUUUUAAUGCACAGCACUGCUGGCAUUUUCCCCCCCCCUCCCUGUGACCCUCAUUUAGGUCACAACCUGAAGUUGGGAACCACUGCUCUAAACCAUUAUAGCCCCUGCUCUUGUGCUUCAAUCUGGUCUUCGAGUAUGUCUGGACGCGGAAAGAAAAACGCCAAACCCCCAUUGGUAUCAAAGAAAAGCAAGUCAGCAAAAGCUGGACUGCAGUUCCCAGUUGGCCGUGUCCUGAGACUCCUCCGAAGAGGGCACUAUGCUGAGAGAAUUGGUGCUGGAGCUCCAGUGUACCUGGCUGCAGUGUUGGAAUAUCUGAGUGCUGAGAUAUUGGAACUGGCAGGAAAUGCUGCACGUGAAAACAAGAAAGGCAGGAUAGGGCCACGACACAUCCAGCUGGCAGUGAGGAAUGAUGAAGAGCUAAACAAGCUGUUUGCAGGCGUGACCAUUGCUGAAGGUGGGGUCAUGCCCAACAUCCUUUCCCAGCUUCUCCCCAAGAAAACGCACACAGCUGCUGUUCCUACAGGGGAAGAAUCCAGUCCUUGAUUGAUUUAUUUUUCUUUGUGGAAUUUCUCUUGUCUUUUCCUAGCUUGAAUUUUGCACUUAAGGACAAUGAGUCUCUCUAGAUACUAUUUAUGUAUGAGAUGUUGAUUAUGAUGAAUAUUACUCAGGCCCACUAUUUUAAUGAUUGUUUUGUUUUUUUUUUUUUUUUUUGUAAUACUUGUAAUAAACUUCCUGAAAUGCAACAACUGACUCUAAUCUAUGUUCUGUGGAUAUUGUUUGUCUUUUUUCCUCCUCCUCAAGAUAAAGAAAUGAUGAUUUGAUUGAUUUAUUUUUCCAGGAAAAUGUUUAUCUUGCCACUUUUAAAACAACAUAAAUGCGGCAUGCUUGCUUUCCAAACCCUGGAAGUAGAGCUAAUUUUACAUCCUAUCCAGUUCUGGACUGUUGGGUCUAGUUCAGUUCCUAUAAGUGAAAAAGCAGCUGCUGCUGCUACCAUCACCACUACUAACACAGUCUACCCCAGUUGAAAAUGCUAGUCCCCCAUGGGGGCAGGACAAGGUUAUACAAUUGCUUGACCAGUCUUAGCUAGAAAGUAGCAGAGAUGUUUGUUAUACUGAAAACAAUAACAUUGUCAUGGUGGGUAAAGGAAUGCUUUUUUU